AUGACCGAGGCUCCCGGAGUGGCGCUGUCCCGGGCGGGUUGGUAUCUUUCAGAUGAAGGCAUUGAAGCUUGCACAAGUUCUCCUGACAAAGUCAAUGUAAAUGACAUCAUCCUGAUUGCUCUCAAUACAGACUUGAGAACAAUUGGCAAGAAAUUCCUCCCCAGUGACAUCAAUGGUGGAAAGGUAGAAAAGCUUGAAGGUCCAUGUGUUUUGCAAAUUCAAAAAAUUCGCAAUGUUGCUGCACCAAAGGAUAAUGAAGAAUCUCAGGCUGCACCAAGAAUGUUGCGUUUACAGAUGACUGAUGGUCAUAUAAGUUGCACAGCAGUAGAAUUUAGUUACUUGUCAAAAAUAAGCCUAAACACACCACCUGGAACUAAAGUUAAACUUUCAGGCGUUGUGGACAUAAAAAAUGGAUUCCUGCUCUUGAAUGACUCUAACACCACAGUUCUUGGCGGUGAAGUAGAACACCUUAUCGAGAAAUGGGAGUUACAGAGAAGCUUGUCAAAACACAAUAGAAGCAAUAUUGGAACCGAAGGUGGACCACCUCCUUUUGUGCCUUUUGGACAGAAGUGUGUGUCUCAUAUCCAAGUGGAUAGCAGAGAACUUGAUCGAAGAAAGACAUUACAAGUGACAAUGCCUGUCAAACCUCCAAAUGAUAAUGAUGAAUUUGAAAAGCAAAGGACUGCUGCCAUUGCAGAAGUUGCAAAGAGCAAAGAAACCAAGACAUUUGGAGGCGGCGGUGGUGGUGCUAGAAGUAAUCUCAACAUGAGUGCUGCUGGUAACCGAAAUAGGGAAAUUUUACAGAAAGAAAAGGCAAACAAAUCAGAGGGAAAACAUGAAGGUGUCUAUAGAGAACUGGUUGAUGAGAAGGCUCUGAGACAUAUAACAGAAAUGGGCUUUAGUAAAGAAGCAUCAAGGCAAGCUCUCAUGGAUAAUGGCAACAACUUAGAAGCAGCACUGAAUGUACUUCUUAACAGCAAUAAACAGAAACCUGUUACGGGUCCACCUUUGAGAGGUAAAGGGAAAGGCCGGGGCCGAAUACGACCUGAAGAUGAAGAAGAACUAGGAAAUGCAAGGCCGUCAGCGCCAAGCACGUUAUUCGACUUCUUGGAGUCUAAAAUGGGGACUUUGAGUGUGGAAGAACCUAAAUCACAGCCGCAGCAGCUUCAUCAAGGACAAAACAGAAUGUCAAAUACUGAGCAAAAUGGAGUAAAAGAUAAUAAUCAACCACGAUAUCUUCCUCGAAAUGAUACCAGACAGCCAAGAAAUGAAAAACCUCCUCGUUUUCAAAGAGACACCCAAAAUUCAAAGGCAGUUUUAGAAGGCAGUGGAUUACCUAGAAACAGAGGUUCUGAAAGACCAAGUACUUCUUCAGGGUCUGAAGUAUGGCCUGAAGAGAGAAUCAAAUGUGAUAGACCGUAUUCUAGAUAUGAUAGAACUAAAGAUACUUCUUACCUUUUAAGUUCCCAACACAGUGAUACUGUAUUUAAAAAAAGGGAUAACUCUAUGCAAAGCCGAUCAGGAAAAGGUCCAUCUUAUGCAGAGGCAAAAGAAAAUCCAUUUCCUCAAGAAUUCAUAGAUUAUAAUAAUCACAAACGUGGGAAAAGAGAAAACCAAACAGCAAAUUCGGAUCAUUUUUAUGACAGGAAGCCACGAACAAUAAAUAAUGAAGCUUUUAGUGGUGUAAAAAUUGAAAAACAUUUUAAUAUAAAUAGUGAUUAUCAGAAUCCUGUCCGAACGAAUAGUUUCAUUGGUGUUCCAAAUGGAGAGACAGAAAUGCCACUGAAGGGAAGGAGAGUGGGACCUAUUAAGCCAGGAGGACCCAUCACAGCUUCAUCCUAUGAUGAUAAAAUAUUUUACAGUAGUGGUCCCAAAAGAAGAUCUGGGCCAAUUAAACCCGAAAAAGUACUAGAAUCAUCUAUUCCUAUGGAGUAUGCAAAACUAUGGAAAUCUGGAGAUGAAUGUUUAGCACUUUAUUGGGAAGACAACAAGUUUUACCGAGCAGAAGUUGAAGCUCUUCAUUCUUCAGGUAUGACAGCAGUUGUUAAAUUCAUUGAUUAUGGAAACUAUGAAGAGGUGCUACUAAGCAACAUCAGGCCCAUUCAGUCAGAGGCAUGGGAGGAAGAAGGCACCUAUGACCAAACUCUUGAGUUCCGUAGAGGAGGUGACGGCCAGCCAAGACGAUCCACUCGACCAACUCAGCAGUUCUACCAGCCUCCCCGGGCUCGGAACUAA